CAGAUGGCACAACCGGUGAACCCGGUGAACCACUAGGUAAAUCCGGUGAAUCGGUAAUAGCAAUUAUAACCUAAAAGUGCCUAAGAGGAAUAUUUCCAAUUUCAUUCUGGCAUUGUGUGGACAAGUAAUACAUCAUAAAUAAAUAGUUGAUUGUGUAAAUAACUAUUAUAGUGCAUAAAGAAAUGAUGAUAGUAACACAAAAUAUAUUUCAUUAAACAUCUAAAAUGGCUUUAUCAGUGGAGUUAUUAAACCAUUUAAACUCAAACGAGACGCCCUUACCCAAACGUUUAAAAUUGGCAGAAAAUUCAUUCUAUGCUGUUGAUUUACCAAUAGUGCAUAGAGAAGACCUUAUUUUACAAUGGUUUUGCAAAACGUGUUCUACAGAACAAGUUUGGAAUUCGUUAAAACCGUGUUUAAAAAUCAGACAUUUGGAAAUCAAGAGCGAUGUUUAUAAGCUACUAAUGGAGCUACUAAUUGGAACAUUUCAAAAAGAUAUAAAAUAUAUACAAGAGGACAUUUUUGAAUGUUGUAGUUUAUUAAUUUCCAAUACUGGUAUGCAAAAAUAUUAUAUCAGUAUGCCAGAAGAUUUAGGGCAUUUAAUAAAAUCUCUAUUAGACUGUGUACAUAAAAUUUUUAAGCAUUUCCUUAAUAUUAAGGAAGAUACAAUAGAUGGUAUAAGUAUAUCUUUAAUUAUUAACCAUAAUGGAUUGGUAUUAAAAGCAUACAAUACAAUAGUUUGUAUUAUAGAAAAUAUAACACAAAUCUUUAAGUCUACUUUUACUACAAAGGAAAAUUUGAAAAAUAUAUUCAUAUGGGAUAUUUUAUAUCCUCUAUGUGGUAUAAUUGACCAUAAAUGUGUUGAUACUACAAAUAGAUUGGGUGCAGUAACUCAUAAAUAUAUUCAACAAUUAAUAUUUAGAAGAAAAUAUGUACAAAGUGGAGAAUUACUAAAAGAUGAAGACAUAAUGCAACUUAAACACCUAUUAUCUGUUUUGACAGAAAAUGCAAAAAGAAAAACUCUUCAGAAUAAUUUAAUGACACUUACUUUCUUUUUUCGUGUCGCAGUAAGCACUUUUAAGUCCGAUCCUGCUACAUUAGACUUAAUAUUAAGAAACUUAACAGGAUAUUCUGAAACAAAUAAGAAAGAGAUUUUUAAUUCUUUUUUGAAACAUUUAAAUGAUGUAACGUUUGACUUUAAUAACAAAAUACAUGAUGUUACAUUAUUUGAUUAUUGUCAGAAUAUGAUUGAUGAUAUUCUAAGAAGCAAAAGCAUGUCCAAUACAGAUUGUGAUCUUUUAACACAAUUUUGCUACCUUAAUCCUUUACUUAUUGAAAGAAGAGUUCCAGACAUAUUGAGAAAACUAUUUGUAGAGAAAUCAUUAUUAAAAUAUAAAGAUGUAAUGAUCUCUAUAUUAGAUGCUCUUGUACAUUUAAAACAUGAAGAAAAAUUAAUCACAGCAAUAUUAAUGGCUCUAAAAGACUGUUCAAAUCAGAUAACAUUAAUAGAAAAUAAUACAUUACUCCCAGAUGAAUUGAAAGAGAAGUUAAUGAAGGCAGUCAAUAAUACCACGAAUUCACAAUUUGUAGUCAUGUUUAGAACAUUAUCAUAUUAUAUGAAAACGUAUUGCUUGGAACAAUUUAGUGAAGGAACAAUCUGUGAAGAUGAUAAUCUUUUAAUGUUACAAAUAACUAUUGAAUUACUUAAAUCUAUGGAACAUGUUAAAUCGAAAUUGAGUGUUGAACAAAAAGCGAUAGUGCAGAAGGCAGAAAAUAAAUUGAUUAAAAUUACGAUGACAUCUUUGUCACCCAAAGUAGCAACAAAAGACAUAAAAGUACUAAUUUUAUUAUUAAGAAUAAGUAUCACGAAUGAAACCAUUGAUGAGAAAUUAGAAGAUGUUACGAAAUCGAUGAUGCAAAAUAUAUUUGUGAAGGACAAUGUUACAAACGAGCUGUUACAAAAUGGUUUACAAUUGAUGAGCGUCGUCUUACACAAUAAAAAGUUGUUUCAUGUUACGGAUCAGAUCAUAAGGGGCGUAUGGUUUGCUUUACUUAAAUACCCGUGUGCAGAUGUGCUCUUACCGUUAUUGGAAUCAAGCGAAACGAAAUUACUUUCCGAAUUUCUUGAGGAAUUAGAUAAUCAAUUGAAACCCAAUAUUAAUAUAUUUCAGUACAUAGAUCCUGUUGUAUCAUUACAAUAUUUGAAACAAGAUAGAAUUGUUCAAAAAAUACUGGAGCUAUAUCUUAGAAACUGUUCAUAUGCAAGUUUGAAGAAACUUACGAAAUGUUCUAUUAACUCCAAUACUGACAUGAUUUUCUUACUAGAAUCUAUGGAACAUGUUAAAUCGAAAUUGAGUGUUGAACAAAAAGCGAUAGUGCAGAAGGCAGAAAAUAAAUUGAUUAAAAUUACGAUGACAUCUUUGUCACCCAAAGUAGCAACAAAAGACAUAAAAGUACUAAUUUUAUUAUUAAGAAUAAGUAUCACGAAUGAAACCAUUGAUGAGAAAUUAGAAGAUGUUACGAAAUCGAUGAUGCAAAAUAUAUUUGUGAAGGACAAUGUUACAAACGAGCUGUUACAAAAUGGUUUACAAUUGAUGAGCGUCGUCUUACACAAUAAAAAGUUGUUUCAUGUUACGGAUCAGAUCAUAAGGGGCGUAUGGUUUGCUUUACUUAAAUACCCGUGUGCAGAUGUGCUCUUACCGUUAUUGGAAUCAAGCGAAACGAAAUUACUUUCCGAAUUUCUUGAGGAAUUAGAUAAUCAAUUGAUGCGAAGUUUUUUAUAUGUACAAAAAACCAAUAUAGAAAAUAUUUGUACAAUAUGGAAUGCUAUAUUGAAAACAAAUAUGUCCACUGAUCGGAAUAGAUUACGCUUAGCAGCUAUUAAUAAUUUAAUUGGAAGAAUACAAACUAUGAAUAUUCAAGGAAACUUUGCGACUGAUAUAUUGAAAUUAAUUCAGAACAUUUUUAUCACUAAACAUUUACAUCUUCCUGGUCAUAUAAUUGAUAUGAGCAUAACAUUUGGCUUGAAAAUGUUACAGAAAGGCACACUACUAAUUUGUAAUGAUACGUUAGUGUUGUGCAGUGUGUUACUAAGAAUGAGAACGAAUCUAAUUACAGAUAGAAUAUCCUCAUUAUUAUUAUUGUACAGGCGUAUAAUAAAUAUUGUUACGCAUAAAUCUAAAGCCAUUACUGAUAAGUGUGAAGAACAUUUAUUGAAAUGCCUGACAUUGGAGAUUGAAAAGUUUACAAGUGCUCUAAUAAAAUUUAAAAAAGAUAUGAUUAGAAUAAGUCCCUACUUAGUAGCAGAUUUGCUGGAAUUAUUUUCAGAGAACUCAAUAGCAAGUUUUAUGAAGGUUUCAUUACAAAAUUGUAUAAAUCAUUUAAUUAGUAUAUGUGAUCAACAUGGUAUUGCUUUACUAUCUCGGAUGUUGCCUGUUUCAAUGCAAGAAAUUUUCAAAACACAA